UAUUAUAAAAGUUUUUGUAUUUUUCAGUGAAUUAAAGGACAAAACGAUUUUGUUUUUCUAACUUUCCGUUAUUCACUGCUAAUGGCUUUACCAAAUCGAUGUCAAACCACAAAUCAUUUUAUCGCAGCCUAGAUGCAGUGAUUUCAUUAUAGCUGUUCAACGUGAGGCAGUUCUCACACUGUCAAGUAAAUUAUAUUUUCUCGUGUGAAAAUAUAAUUUCGACUACAAGUCACUUUCGACUACUUUAAACCUUUUCAAGAUUUCAUUAUUACAGAAAAAUAUUAACAAGGACUUAUGCAUGUAGAAAGAUUAAGACCCCAAGUUUUUCGUGACUCCUACAAUGUUGGGACCUCCUAUGAUGGACUAAGCCCUGGAAGUUCAUCUGAUUACGAUCGUAGUCUAGCAACUUCACGUGUGUAUGAAAGAACACGGAUAUAUACUUUAGCAGUGGAAAGACAAACAGUUCAAAAGAAGACAUUUACAAAAUGGGCGAAUACAUUUUUAAGGAGAGUGGGACUUGAAAUAUACGAUCUUUUCUUGGAUCUACGUGAUGGAAAAAUCUUACUACAGCUUCUGGAAAUUCUGUCUGGGAUUAAAAUGCCUAGUCCAACUUUGGGAAGGAUGAGGAUACAUUGUCUGGAAAAUAUUGACAAGUCACUUUACUUCCUAAGUAAUUAUGGUGUGCAUCUUGAAAAUAUUGGUGCACAUGACAUUGUUGACGGAAAUGCCAGAAUAACUCUCGGUCUAAUAUGGAUUAUUAUUCUUCGUUUUCAAAUUCAAGACAUAACAUUUGUUGAGAAAAUAGAUCCACUGGGGAUCCAAAGUGAUGUUCGGAGGUAUUCAAAAGAUGCGUUGUUAUUAUGGUGCCAGUUGAAAACUUCAGGUUAUCGGAAUGUGGAUGUACAAAACUUCACAACUAGCUGGCGUGAUGGAUUAGCAUUCAAUGCUCUUAUUCACAGACAUCGCCCUGACCUGGUGAAUUUUGAUGAACUAUCAGUGAAUACACCACUACAGAAUCUGGAAUCAGCAUUUUUAGUUGCUGAAAAGAAAUUGGGUAUAGCGAGACUGUUUGAUCCUGAAGAUAUUUAUGUCCAGCAACCAGAUGAAAAGUCAAUUGUUACAUAUGUGGUUACAUACUAUCACUAUUUUUCAAAACUGAAGUCGGAAACUGUUCAAGCGCGUCGUUUAGAAAAGUUCAUAAGCUAUUGGCGUGAUCUCCAGAAUUCUUUUAAUUGGUACGAGAGACGAACAUCAGAUCUUUUGGAGUGGAUAGCCAAGACAGUUUUGUGGCUGAAUGAUCGCCAUUUACCCAAUCAAGUUGAGGAGAUUCAACAGGCUAUGGUCGAGUUUAAAGAAUACCGUCUUCAUGAGAAAUCUGACAAAUUCAAAGAAAAAGGUGAACUUGAAGCUCAUUUUCUUUUAACAAGAAUGAAAAUGAGAACACUGGGCCUAAGAAAUUAUAUCCCGUCUACAGAAGCACAACUAUCUCAGAUUAAUCGAGCCUGGAUUGCAUUAGAGAAGGCAGAAUAUUCACGUGAGGUAGCUCUAAGAGAAGAACUUGCUAAACAGAAACGCUUACUGCAUUUGUUCUCACGUUUUGAGAAAAAGGCCAAUCUACGUAAAGCUUGGAUUAGUGAUAAUUACAAAUUAGUUGAAGUUUGUGAUGAUGACAGAAAUUUUGCAAUGACUGAAGCUUCACUAAAAAAGUACGAAGCCUUAAAAGCCGAUAUUAAUGCAUAUUCUGACAGGAUACAAACAAUACAACAAAUUGCUGAUGAACUGAUCAGAAGUAACUUUUUUAAACACGAUACAGUAACAAGAGUUAAAAAAGAGAUUCAACAUAUGUGGCAUCAACUUUUAACUAUAAUGAAUGAAAGGUAUAAAAUCCUUGAAAAUAGAAAGAAUUUAUUUAAAAAGUUUUCAGAAGCUGACUAUUUAAUGGAAUCUAUACAAAUACUCUUAUCAAAAUUACGUAGUGAUGAAUUUGAUGAUAAUUUGGCAGUUGUUGAAGAACGCUUAAAACAGUAUGAAAUUAUUGAGACAGAUAUACGUUCGAUACACCGGAAUAUUUCAGUACUUUUCGAAUUAGGAUCUCAAAUCGAAUAUUCUCCAGAGUUGUUUGGUUUUAAAACAAACAAUGUUACAAUGGAUAUUAAAAGACAGAAUAGUAUGUUAAAAAGUGCCUAUACUGAACUUGUGCAACUUGCUGAAUCUAAAAGACAGUCUAUAGAAUAUUUUAGACUAUAUCAUAUUUUAAUUCAUGAAUUAGAAGAACAAUUGUCAUCAAUACAAGAACGUAUAUCUUAUUUGAAAAAAAGUGAAGCAUUUGUUGAUAAUGGAAAUGUCAGUGUAUUCUUUCGUCGUCAUAAAGUAGCAGAGUCUGAAUUGGAAGCACAAAGAUCAGUUAUAACUCAACUGUUUGAAAGAGCUUCUAAUCUUAUUGAUGAAAAGUCACAAAAUUAUGAAAAUUUAAGCGAUAAAGUUGAAAAAGUUGAAAAAGCUUGGGAGAAUCUUAUAAAUCUCAUGGCUAAACGUAAGACCGAUUUGUUGUUUAUGAAAGAUUUACAGUCUUUUAUGUUAAGCUGUGAUGAUGCUGAUUUAUGGAUAUCUGAGAAAUAUGAACUCAGUUCAAGUGUAAUGAACACUGCUAUACAAACUGAUAGUAUUUAUACAAUAGAAAGACUAACAAAACAACAUCAGGAAACUAUUGUGAGUUUAAACAGUUUUCAAGAUUCUAUAGAACAACUAAGAAUUCAAGGGGAAGAGUUGUUGGAAUUUAUUGACUGUUUAACAAGUGAGGCAGAAACUAGCAUAAAAUCUAAGGAAGAAAUCAGAAAUUCAGUAAAAAGCAGAAUCCAGAAGCUUUCAGAUUCAUUUGCCACACUUACCAGUUCUGUUCGUCAGACACAAUUACUUCUAUUAGAUGCUGUAUCACUUCAUCAAUUGUUCCAGAUGGCUUCAUCAACAUAUAACUGGAUUAUUGAAAAAGAGAUCUAUAUGCAACUCUUAAUAAUGGAUGACCUUCAAGAAGAAGAAAUAUACAGGAUAAUAGAAGGUGAUAUCAAUGCAAAUCAAGGCUUAAUUCAGAGACUAGAAAUUGUGAAGAAUAGAUUUUCUGAUUUGGAAGAACAGAUGAGCACAGCAGCUGAGCAGGUAUCUCACAUAAACAAUAUGAUCACAAAUUUUCUAAAUGAACCUAAAAGAGAUGACCAGGCAUUAGUUAAUAAAGAAAUAACAAUUGAAAAAGUUAUCAAUCUUCAAGAUCAUUUAAAUUCUGCAUGGAAUAGAAUUGCGGAUGCUGUAGAAUCUCAUAGAGAUCGUAUAAUUGAAGAAUCAUUUUAUAUUAACUUAUUUAUUGAAUGUAAAUAUACUUCUGAAUGGAUUACUGAGAAAGAAGCUGUCUUACUUUCAACAGAUUCAAUUGAUGCUAACAGUUUAUCGGGUUUAGUUGAAUUAAGAAGGCGGUUAUACAAUAUACAAGGAGAUUUAAAAGCCAUUGAAGCGCGUGUUGAAAAUAUCGGUGAACGUAUAGGAGAAAUACUUAGCAUUCGAGAACAAGGAGAAGUUGCCUAUGAUCAGCAAGAUACAAGGUUAAAAUCUCGACGACGGGCAGAUUAUUUAAUGGAGGAACACAUGAAACUUACACAACACUGGCUUAAUUUAAAAGAUGCACUUCGAGAAAGAGUUAAUAGAAUAUCAACUGAAGGUCAAGUGAGUCGAUUCUUAGAAAAACUAGACUCUUUUCAAGAUUGGAUGAGAAAAUUAAAAACUGAUGUAUUUGUUCGUGAAUUUCCUAGUGAUCUACAAGAGACUGAAAAUCGUCUAACAAUUAUAGAGCAAAGUGUUCAAGAGAUCAAAGAUUAUGAGAAUGAAGCAAAUCAACUAUUUGAAACAGGCAGACAAAUACUUAAGGGUUAUUCUGAUACACCACAUAUAAUGUUAGGACAACGAUUAGCUGGACUUGAAGAAGACUGGAGAUCAAUUCAAGCAUCUAUGGUCGAUAGUACUACACGACUUCAAGAACGAUAUGCACUACAGUGCUUUUUAGCCGAAUCUGCACUGCUAGAAGUAACUUUGGAUCAGCAGGCCACAUUUUUAAAUAAAGAGGAUCCACUGACCAAUUUAGAUGCUGUACGUGAUGUACAAAAACAGUAUGAAACUUUCCGUUUCUCUUUAUUAACCUGUGAAGAACGAGUUAAUGCAGCUUUAGAACUGGGAAGAAAAGUCGCUGAAAGAAAUCCUGCAAAUCGGGAUCGUGCAUUAGCCAAAUGUGAAUUAUUUCAACAAAAGUAUGAAGCCAAUCGAAUUAAAACAGAUGAACGAAUUACAUAUUUACAGGAGAAAGCACAACUUUAUGAAUUCUACGAAGAGCUGGAAGAUUUUGAAGACUGGAUUUCAGAUAAAACAAACAGUCUAUUGGAAAUUCAACUGGCGAUAAAGCAAAGAGCUCACUUAUCCUUCAGUCGUAUACAGGCAUUUGAAGAGGAAAUUGAAGUGAAUCGAAAUCGUGGAGAUCAUUUUAUUGAGGUUGGUCAGAAGCUUAUUGAAGUUUAUCCAGAUUUGGAAUAUGAUGUGAAAAGACAUCUAGAUCGUCUACAUACACGUUGGGAGGAACUAGUUGAAUUAGUUCGACAUAUUUCAAAUGUAAUUGGUCAAGAUAAUAAAGAAAAGUCGAUGAAAGAGGCUAUUCAAAAAACUGCUGUUUGGCUGAAUGAAACGAAUGCGCACUUACAGAAAGCAGAUGACAAGUUACCACCACCUGAUGAACUUGAUAUGACCACAUUGCAAACACAAAUAAAGGAGUUUGAAAAACGACUUAAAGAUUAUGCAGACAGGAUCAGUGUUAUAAAUAUUUUAAAGAAUCAAGCUAGUGCACCUGACUUCAGUCAAAGAGAGGAGUUUUCUGCAAUUAUCAGUGAUCUUGAGCGUAGAUUAGCAGCAUUAAAUGAACCACUGAAUGAAAAAUUAAUGAAUUUACAACUUCUGCAAACAUCAACUAAAGGUAUGGUAGAAUUAACCUUAGAAGGUGCAUGGGUCAGAGAGAAGUUGUCACAAAUUGAAAACUUAUCGAAAGCUUUGGAACUUGAUCCAUUAAAAGCAUAUCAAAUUGGUCAGAGACUAAUGGUAAUACACUGUUCGCAAAGACAGCUAAAAAGUCAUAUACUCGAAGCCAACAAUCGCAGACCUAGAGUAAAAGCUUUAUGCAAAAAUAUGGAAACUGAAUUCUGUUUACAAGAGGAGAAAAUUUCACCUGCUAGACAACAGCAACAGUGUAAGCAUCUUAUUGAAGAUAUCUUAGAAUCAUGGCAGAAGUUGGACAGAAAUUUAACGCGCUUACUUGAACGUAUUACAAUGUCUGAGUCAGUCUAUCAAUUUUUAUUUGAUGCUAGUGAAUUAGAGUCAUGGAUAUCGGAAGAAGAUUUCUACUUACAUGGGGUCGAAAUCCCUAAGGUUAGUUAA